AUGGUGCCUCCACUGGCACCUCAAUUUGCUCCCCCCUUGAAUAGAAGUUCGACAGCACCCAAUAUCGCAUCUGCUCGAACUAUACCUUACGAAAGGUCACAUCUCGCACCAGAAGAUGCUAUAUCUCAAGCCUCACCACCUCGGAGACCAUCUGCCACUCUCAACCAAUUGCGCAUGACAAAUGGGGAUGCUGGAAGAUUAAGAAGUAGAGGAAGACAUACUGAUAGAACGAAAAGCAGUACCAGAAGACGGAAAACUACUUGGAAAAAACUGCUAUGGGUGAAGCAAUCAUAUCCAGACAAUUACACGGAUCAGGAUACAUUUCUCGAACAUCUGCAAAGAAACCCACGUCUUCAGCCUUAUGAUUUUUGGCCAUUGGUAGCAGACUCCACAGUCAUAGUACAACAUGUUUGUUCCGUCAUAAUAUUCAUUGUUUCUUUUGUUGGGAUAUAUGAUAAACAUGUCUCUCCGGUUUCUGUGGUUGGCUGGGGCUCUAUCGCUACCUUUUUAGGUUGGGUUUUAUGGGAUCUAUGGGUGGGACAGGAAGAAAGUACUCGACCGGCAUUUCCGCCGCCGCAGCCUUUCUCUCACAGUGUAUCUGCAACAAGUUCAACGCCGAAUUUAUUGGCAACAGCUGUAAAUGGGCCAAAGUACUCCCAUUCGAUAUCAACAACAUCUCUUCAAUCUACUACCUCCAAUAUAACUCAACCACCUCCGACACGACCGGUUCAUACACCACAUAAUUCACGACUCUCUCAUCGCACAUCGCUCCGUCUUUCAACUGCUAAAUCAGCCCUUCUAAUUUACUUUACCCUCCUCGGCCUUUCUCCCAUUCUCAAAUCUCUCACUAGGUCCACUUCUUCAGACUCGAUCUGGGCAAUGUCAUUCCUCCUCUUUACAAUCAAUAUAUUCUUCUUUGACUAUGCCACCCCGUCUCCUUCAUCUUCAUCUGGCUAUCCACCAUCAAACACGAAGAACAAAAACAUUCCCGCAAGUUUGAGUACUAAUGCUGCUCUAAUGGCCUCCACCGUACUGGCUUCACGCCUUCCGAGUACCGGACAAGUCUUUAGUCUUACACUUUUCUCCAUCGAAGUUUUCGGUCUUUUUCCUGUUUUCCGCCGUUAUACUCGCUUGCACUCUUUGCGUGGUCAUCUAAUACUGACUCUAUUACUCGUCUUUGGUGCCGGAGGUGGCGUAGGAUUGGUAUUGCCACAGUCAGGUAGAUCAGCAUGGGAUUGGAAAAGUGGAUUGAUUGGGGUGGUCUUAGGGACGCUAAUAACAGGAUUAGCUAUGGGUGGAUGUAGUUGGUGGCUGAUAGGAUUGCAGAAAUAUAAAAAUGAAAUCCACGGACCGUGGGAUCCAGCUAGGCCUGUCAUUAGAAGGGCUUGGGAUGAUUAUUAG